UUCCUGUUCCGCGAAGCCCCUGCACGCGGACCCCGCCGGGCAGGACCCGAAUGCAGAGAAACCGAGAGCGCAGGGGAGCGGGGAGUGCCUAGGGCCCCAGCGCCUGCACUCGGUCCCCAGACAAGUGACAGGCAGGACCUGUUCGUUCUUCCGCGGGCUACAAGAAGGCAGACGAUGAGAUGUCCCGGGCCACGUCUGUUGCAGACCAGCAAGAGGCACCGGCCCGCACCAUUUACCUCAACCAACCGCAUCUCAACAAAUUCCGCGACAACCAGAUCAGUACGGCCAAGUACAGCGUGCUGACAUUUCUACCUCGCUUCCUGUAUGAGCAGAUUAGAAGAGCUGCUAAUGCCUUCUUCCUCUUUAUUGCCUUAUUACAGCAAAUUCCAGAUGUAUCUCCAACAGGACGAUAUACCACCCUGGUGCCAUUGAUCAUUAUUUUAACAAUUGCAGGCAUCAAAGAAAUAGUAGAAGAUUUUAAACGACAUAAGGCAGAUAAUGCAGUAAACAAAAAGAAAACAAUAGUGUUAAGAAAUGGUAUGUGGCAUACCAUUAUGUGGAAAGAGGUGGCAGUGGGAGACAUCGUGAAGGUCCUCAAUGGGCAGUAUCUUCCAGCAGACAUGGUCCUGUUCUCCUCCAGUGAACCUCAGGCAAUGUGCUAUAUUGAAACAGCUAAUCUCGAUGGGGAGACGAAUCUUAAAAUACGUCAGGGCCUGGGUCACACUGCUGACAUGCAGACAAGGGAAGUGUUGAUGAAGUUGUCUGGAAGAAUAGAAUGUGAAGGGCCCAACCGCCACCUUUAUGACUACACUGGGACUUUGCACUUGGAUGGGCAAAGUGCUGUUGCCCUGGGGCCUGACCAGAUCUUAUUAAGAGGUACUCAGCUGAGGAAUACUCAGUGGGUCUUUGGCAUAGUUGUGUAUACUGGACACGAUACCAAACUCAUGCAGAAUUCAACCAAGGCACCUCUCAAGAGGUCGAAUGUCGAGAAGGUAACCAACGUGCAGAUCCUGGUCCUGUUCGGCAUCCUCCUGGUCAUGGCACUGGUGAGCUCAGCGGGCGCUCUGUACUGGAAUGGCUCUCAUGGGGAGAAAAACUGGUACAUCAAGAAAAUGGAAACAAGCUCAGAUAAUUUUGGAUACAAUCUGUUGACAUUUAUCAUCUUGUACAACAACCUUAUUCCCAUCAGUCUACUGGUGACUCUGGAGGUUGUGAAAUACACGCAAGCCCUCUUCAUCAACUGGGACACAGAUAUGUAUUAUAUUGGGAAUGACACUCCAGCAAUGGCCAGGACUUCAAACCUUAAUGAAGAGCUUGGACAGGUAAAAUAUCUGUUUUCUGACAAGACUGGAACUCUCACAUGCAAUAUCAUGAACUUCAAGAAGUGCAGCAUUGCUGGAGUGACCUAUGGUCACUUCCCAGAACUGACCAGAGAGCCAUCCUCAGAUGACUUCUCUCGGAUGUCUCCUCCCCCUAGUGAUUCAUGCGACUUCAAUGACCCUAGGCUGUUGAAGAACAUUGAGGAUCACCAUCCCACAGCCCCUUGCAUACAGGAAUUCCUUACUCUGCUGGCUGUGUGCCACACGGUCGUUCCCGAGAAGGACGGAGAUAACAUCAUCUACCAGGCUUCCUCCCCAGAUGAAGCAGCGUUGGUGAAAGGAGCUAAGAAGCUUGGCUUUGUCUUCACCGCCAGAACGCCGUACUCAGUGAUCAUAGAAGCGAUGGGACAGGAACAGACGUUUGGAAUCCUUAACGUCCUGGAAUUUUCCAGUGAUAGAAAAAGAAUGUCUGUAAUUGUCCGAACUCCAUCAGGACAACUUCGACUGUACUGCAAGGGAGCUGAUAACGUAAUUUUUGAACGACUUUCAAAGGACUCAAAGUACAUGGAGGAAACGUUAUGCCAUCUGGAAUAUUUUGCUACAGAAGGCUUACGAACUCUCUGUGUGGCCUAUGCUGACCUCUCUGAGCAUGAGUAUGAGGAGUGGCUGAAGGUCUACCAAGAGGCCAGUGUUAUACUGAAGGACAGAGCUCGGCGGCUGGAAGAGUGCUAUGAGAUCAUCGAGAAGAAUCUACUGUUACUUGGAGCCACAGCCAUUGAAGACCGCCUGCAGGCUGGAGUUCCGGAAACCAUAGCUACUCUUUUGAAGGCAGAAAUUAAAAUAUGGGUGUUGACAGGAGACAAGCAAGAAACUGCAAUUAAUAUAGGGUAUUCCUGCCGGCUGGUGUCACAGAACAUGGCUCUUAUCCUACUGAAGGAAGAUUCUUUGGAUGCAACGAGGGCAGCCAUCACUCAGCACUGCACAGACCUUGGGAAUUUGCUGGGCAAAGAGAACGACAUGGCCCUCAUCAUUGAUGGCCACACUCUGAAGUAUGCACUGUCCUUUGAAGUCCGAAGAAGCUUCCUGGACCUGGCACUCUCAUGCAAAGCAGUCAUCUGCUGCAGAGUAUCCCCUCUGCAGAAGUCCGAGAUCGUGGAUGUGGUGAAGAAGCGAGUGAAAGCCAUUACCUUGGCCAUUGGGGAUGGUGCCAACGAUGUGGGGAUGAUCCAGACAGCCCACGUGGGGGUGGGAAUCAGCGGGAAUGAAGGCAUGCAGGCCACCAACAACUCAGAUUAUGCCAUCGCACAGUUUUCCUACUUGGAGAAGCUACUCUUGGUUCAUGGAGCCUGGAGCUAUAACCGAGUGACCAAGUGUAUCCUGUACUGUUUUUACAAGAACGUGGUCCUCUACAUCAUUGAGCUUUGGUUUGCCUUUGUUAAUGGAUUUUCUGGGCAGAUUUUAUUUGAACGUUGGUGCAUCGGCCUGUACAACGUGAUCUUCACCGCGUUGCCGCCCUUCACUCUGGGAAUCUUCGAGAGGUCUUGCACUCAGGAGAGCAUGCUCAGGUUUCCACAGCUCUACAAAAUCACCCAGAAUGCCGAAGGCUUCAAUACAAAGGUUUUCUGGGGCCACUGCAUCAACGCCUUGGUCCACUCCCUCAUCCUCUUCUGGUUUCCCAUGAAAGCACUGGAGCACGAUAUUCCACUGGCCAGUGGUCAUGCCACAGACUAUCUGUUUGUUGGAAAUAUUGUUUACACGUAUGUGGUGGUUACAGUUUGUUUGAAAGCUGGUUUGGAGACAACAGCUUGGACUAAAUUCAGUCACCUGGCCGUGUGGGGAAGCAUGGUGAUCUGGCUGGUGUUUUUUGGCGUCUACUCAACCAUCUGGCCCACAAUUCCCAUUGCUCCGGACAUGAAAGGACAGGCAACUAUGGUCCUGAGCUCUGCCCACUUCUGGCUGGGGUUAUUUCUCGUUCCUACGGCAUGCUUGAUGGAAGAUGUGGCAUGGAGAGCGGCCAAACACACCUACAAAAAGACGCUGCUGGAGGAGGUCCAGGAACUGGAGACCAAGUCCAGAGUGAUGGGAAAGGCAAUGCUACGGGACAGUAAUGGCAAGAGGAUGAACGAGCGUGACCGCCUGAUCAAGAGGCUCGGGAGAAAGACACCCCCUACCCUCUUCCGUGGAAGCUCCAUCCAUCAGUGUGUCUCACAUGGGUAUGCCUUUUCUCAGGAGGAGCAUGGAGCUGUCACUCAGGAGGAAAUAGUCCGCGCCUAUGACACCACCAAAAAGAAGUCAAGGAAGAAAUGAGAGGCAACUUUUCCUGAUUGACUUAAGGGAAAUGAUUCGGUUUGUCAGACCAGUAUUAACACAUAUUUGUCAGAAGAGACUGGCAUCAGCAGCCAAAACACCAGAAAAUAAAUUUCUGUGGCCUUAGCCAACCAGUUUGUUAACAGCUCUCUGUCCCCUUGCAAUCCCAGGUGUAGGCCGCUGGGGAAGCUGUCCUCCCCCCAGCCUGCCCGUUGUGCUUGGCCCAACUUCUGUUUCCGUUGUGAGGAAGCAUUCAGCUGUUCCCCAUGAGGUGUGAGAUUAAAAACGGUUCCACCAGUA